AUGGCUGAAGAUGGCAGUGAUGAGAUUAUAUUUGUUUGGUGUGAGGACUGUGGGCAGUACCAUGAUUCAGAGUGUCCUGAACUGGGCCCAGUGGUGACAGUCAAAGACUCUUUUGUAUUGAGCAGGGCAAGAUCAUCUCUGCCUUCUAAUUUGGAGAUAAGACAAUUGGAAGAUGGGACUGAAGGAGUGUUUGCCCUGACUCAGCUCGUGAAACGUACCCAGUUUGGCCCAUUUGAAUCCAAGAGAGUUGCCAAGCUGGAAAAAGAAUCAGUUUUUCCCCUGAAGGUGUUCCAGAAGGAUGGGCCCCUGGUGUAUUUUGACACCUCAAAUGAAGAUGAUUGCAACUGGAUGAUGAUGGUGCGACCAGCCACAGAAUAUGAGCAUCAAAACUUAACUGCCUUCCAGCAUGACAAUGAUAUUUACUUCACCACCUCCCGGGACAUCCCACCAGGAACUGAGCUGCGAGUGUGGUAUGCAGCUUUUUACGCCAAAAAAAUGGAAAAGCCAGUGCUGAAGCAGGUCACUAGUGUUGCCAAUGAUGUGUGCUUGGUAGUGAUGGAAUCUGAGAAAGAGGUGAAUAAAGUCUCUUCAAAACCUCCGUCUGCUGUCUUCCCCCAUAAAAAGCUGAAGAAAUCCAGCAUACCAGCAGCUGAUCCAGCAGUGAACGCUCCAGAAGGCAGUGGAGCUGCAGAAGCAGAGUGCAGCCAGUGGACAUGUAAGGUGUGUUCAUCUGCUUUCCAGGAGCCUCAGCUGCUGACAGAGCACUUGCUGAGUCACCUGGAACAAGCUAAAGGUACCCCCCAAACCAGCCAAAAUGAGGCUGUUGCAGAGAAGGCAGCAGAGGAUCCCCCUGUGGAUCAGCCAGUGAUUUGUGAUGCAGCCAGCGCCAGUACAGACUCGAGGAGGAAGGCCAGGCGGGGAAGAAAGCCCAAAACAGCAAAAGCAGAAACACCUGUUGUCAUUGUUGAAGAGAAAGAUUCUACAGUGGAACGUGUAGCUGAGGUUGUAACUGAGGUCCCACCAGAAGAGGUAGCCCUGCCUUCAGCUGCAGAAGAGAGGAUUAUGGAAUUGGUUUUAGGAAAGAUGCCUAGUACCACUAAUAGCAUCAAUUCAGUGACAAAUAGGUUUGCUCAUCACCAAAACACCAUGUCCCUCAAAAGAAGUUUAAUUCUCUCCAGUAGACAUGGUAUACGGCGGAAGCUGAUAAAACAACUUGGGGAGCACAAGCGAGUCUAUCAAUGCAGUAUCUGCAGUAAGAUCUUCCAGAACAGCAGCAACCUCAGCAGGCACAUCCGUUCCCAUGGUGACAAACUAUUUAAAUGUGAGGAAUGCGCAAAGCUGUUCAGCCGUAAAGAGAGCUUGAAGCAGCAUGUUUCAUACAAGCACAGCAGGAACGAAGUUGACAGUGAGUACAGAUACAAGUGCACCACGUGUGAAAAGGCCUUUCGAAUAGAGAGUGCAUUGGAAUUCCAUAACUGCAGGACAG